UGGUAACAUCAACGGUUUCGUUCUACUACAAUUGAAUAAAAAUAAAGAGAUAGAAAAGUUAAUUUAGUCAAAGCAAAAUCUUAUUAUUCGAAGAUCAAGAUGCCUACUUAUUUUGAAGGUGAUAUUGUCAUUUCGGGCAUUUCAGGCCGUCUGCCUGAAUCAUCAAAUAUUGAAGAAUUUAAGGAAAAUUUAAUGAAAGGGACAGACAUGGUCACUGAGGACGAGCGACGUUGGAAACCGGGUCUUUACGGUUCACCUUCUAGAUUUGGCAAACUUAAAAAUCUUCACAGUUUCGACGCUUCUUUCUUCAAGAUAUCUCCUAAACAAGCGCAUGUAAUGGAUCCGCAACUUCGCAUUAUGUUAGAAGUGACACAUGAGGCAUUGAUUGACGCUGGUGUCAAUCCUUCCACCUUGAAAAAAUCGCGUACCGGGGUGUUCAUUGGUGUUUCCACUUCCGAUGCGAAUGAUUUUUGGAAAACCAAGCCGGACGGUAAGUACAUUUUAAAACUUAUCGUGAAAAUUUUUACCCGUUAA